UUAUAGCUAGGUAUACGAAUGACAUCAUCACCGCAACGUGCCGGAUGAGAAGCAUCCUUUUCAUACCUACCUGCCUACCCGCUAUGCGGUUCCGUUCCUCACUUCUACCUACUAAUUUCCUCUCCCACGUCCUUGUCAGUCUCGAACACAGGCUGAUAAACGUGAUUCCGUCUUACUGCCUCCGCCUCUCUCCUUCGACGACCCGCCAGACGACAAACCCGGCGCUAUCUCGAGCUGCCCUGCCCGAAUUAUGGACUACCCCGAGGUCCAGAUCACUCACGUCAUCCGUUCCCUGGCCCAGCAUUCGCUGGAAGAGCAGUCGGACACGCUGAACGACUAUUUCCUGCCGGACGCCUACUUCAUACACCCCUUCUGCCGCGUCCCGUCCUUCGCUGACAUCGGCAUUCCCUUCACCUCCCUGGCUGUGAACUCGCGUUGGUUGAUCUCCCUGAUAUACCAGUGGUACCGCGUCCUGAGUCCCGACAUCAAGCUCAGCGUCGACUCGGCCAGCUUCGACAAGGGCGCCGGUCUCCUGUACGUCACCAUACGGCAGACAUUUGCGCUCUGGUUUGUGCCGUUCUCGCUAUGGCGGUCCAACGUGAAGCUGGUGACUGUGCUGGAGCUGCAGCGUAUGCCUGUCGAUAGGCACCAGAAAUUGCUCAGCCGCGAGACGACACAGCCUCUGCCCGACGACGAGGGCAAUCACACGCCCGCAGAGCAGACUAGGAAGUUGUACUUCAUCAAGGGACAAGAGGACCACUACCAGGUAAACGAAUUUAUCAAGUUGGUCGCGCCUUGGGGUGCCUCACUCUUCUGGGUCGCGUGGCAACUCUGCGCAACACUCGUUUGCGCAGUCGGCGUCGCACUCUUCCGGUGGCCCGCGGCUUUGUUUAGAGAGAGAGUCCUAGGGCACGACAGCAAGGCUAUUAGGAAGGGCCGAUAGGGUUCUCUCCCGAGUCUAACCGUCUGACAAGUAUCGAGUAUACUUCGAUAAACGGCGUUUCAUUAAAAGCAACGCGUUCGUUCCGUGGGAUAUGUUGAUCGGCCUAGCCAUGUCAUCGAUUUACGCGGUCGUAUACGGCGAUGGCCACGACCCUCGCUACUAUAAUUUCGCGCGGCGUUGCAGGCUCUCCUCUUGCAUCGCC